AUGGAGUUCAGGCAGUAUGUCAGACGGUUUCGUACCUUCUCCCGUGUCGCCAAACAGUCGCUGAAACUUGGCGCCGCCGUAGUUGUUGGAGUUGUCGUCUACAGCAAGUGGAAUGGCAGUAGCAUCCUUCAUGCGGCCUGGACCACUGGAUACGAGCCGUCCGUCAAGUGGGACUCCAACUGGGACAGACGUGACCCUCGCAGUUUGGUACCUCCCUCAAAGUCUGGGGAAGGAGACAGCGAUUUUAACAAACAGCUGAAAGCUCAAACUCCGACGGCAAGCAGACACAUUCUCCUCAUUCGCCAUGGCCAGUAUUUUGAUAAUGCAACUGUUGACAAAGAAAGGUUUCUUACCAGUUUGGGCCGAGCUCAGGCAGAGCUCACAGGUCAAAGGUUGAAAGAAUUGGAUUUGCCUUACACGAUCCUCAUUUCGUCAACGAUGACCAGAGCUAUCGAGACAGCAGAGAUUAUACACAAGUACUUGCCGGACAUCGAGCAUGUCACAGACGACAGUUUGCGUGAAGGGGCACCCAUCCCACCCGAGCCUCCGCUGGGGAGUUGGAGACCUGAACAGAAACAGUUCUUCCAAGAUGGAGCUCGCAUUGAGAGUGCUUUCAGGAAGUAUUUCUACCGAGCGGACCCAGGUCAGAAGGAAGACUCCUACGAGAUUAUAGUGUGUCAUGCAAAUGUCAUUCGUUACUUUAUUUGCAGGGCUCUACAAUUCCCUCCCGAGGCCUGGCUGCGAUUCUCUCUAGCCAACUGCAGCAUUACUCACAUUGUUGUUCGACCAAGUGGUCGGGUGUCUGUGUCAGGUGCCGGCGAUCAUGGGCACAUACCAGGCAGCAAAAUCUCAUUUAGUUAA